GUGUGUGUGUGUGUGUGCAGGAGUGGUCUUGCGAUCAUGUGCAUUGUGUGUUUUUCAUUAUUAUUAUUACUAUUAUUAUUAUUACUAUUAGUAGUAGUAGUAGUAGUAGUAGUAGUAAUAUUGUAUCACGGUAUUUUAUAAUAGAGCCUCAACUUAUACUAGUCUUGCCUGAAAAUCUCUCGUUUUCUAUCAUUCUCCCAUCCUGCAGGCCUGAGCCCAGACCGAGACCCAGAGAAAUGUAAACAAACGCAGUCAGACUUGAUAUACGGGUGAAUUUGUUGCUUUUUAGAGCGGCAGUCGAUCUGUACAUGGGUGAGGUGGCGAGGGGCGUGGCCAGGGGGCGGCUAGCAGCGUGUGCCACCAGGGAAAUGUGUAUGAACAUAAAAAAAGGCGCCUGUCAAGAAAGGCACAGAUGCAGGGUGGUGAGGCAGUGUUCAUCCCGGGGGCACACCACACAGGGUCAGCAACACAGGUGGUGGUGGAGAGGCACCUGUGGGACGCCCAGGGGAACACCAAACACAACCUUGACAGACAGAAGUUUAUUGAUGAAGUGUGGAAGAAGAGGAGGAAGGAACAAUGAUAUUCGACCAGCUGCGGCAUCUGGGGGCUUCACUUGACUGGGACAGCUGUGUUUACCAUGGAUGCAGCGAGAGACUGGCCUGUGUGUCUGUCUGUACAUCCUGACGGAAGCAUUUGUCCGUCCGUACGAUGCUGGGCUGGUGUACCGCAAGGAGGCUCUCGUCAACUGGUGCUGCAGCCUUCAGUCGGCCAUCUUGGACAUUGAAGUGGACCGCCUGCACCUGACAGGACCCACGGAGCUGGCAGUCCCGGGGUACAGCAAACCGGUCAGCUUCGGAAAGAUGUGGGACUUCCCUUACAGACUGGCAGACUCAGGAGGGCAUGGCAUAGCUAGCUGGACAACAUCACAGACUGGUGUGUCUCCCAGCAGCUCUGGUGGGGCCACAGAAUGCCAGUGUACCACAUUACUGCAGCAGAUGGCGAGGAGGUGUGGGUGGCGGCUGCUCGGAGGAGGAUGCAAGGCGGAAGGCUGUGGAGAAGGAAGGAGGAAGAUCUGGACACCUGUUUCUCCUCUGGCCUCUCCCUUUGCCUCGCUGGGGUGGCCGGGUCAGGGGAGGGGAGAGACCAUGCCUGACCUUGCUCGCUUCUACGCAACGACCUUGAAGACGGGUCACGGCAUCCUCUUGUGGGUGGCUCAGGUGGUCAUGCCGGGACUCAACUUGACGGGGAGGCUUUCCUUUGAGACUGUGCUGCUGCAUGGCCUCCAGGGUGAUGGUGGCGGCCACAAGACGUCCAAGUCCUGGGGCAGUGUGAUAGACCCCCUGGAUGUCAUCAGUGGGGUGUCCCUGGAGGUGUGUGACUUGCUGGUGCUGUGUGUUCUGUACUGGUGUUCAUUGGCUGUGGUGAGCAGUACCUUGACAGCAGGUACUGUGCGAGAGGGUGGAGGGGACCCUGAAUGCGGAAGAGGUACUCGCUUGUCUCGUAUGAAGUCUCCCACAGGCAUCCCAGAGUGUGGAGCUGAUGCCCUUCGCUCCACCCUGUGCUCCACCAACUUCAGGAGUCAGUGUGGCAUAGAUAGAUGUGGAUGACUGUGGUGUCUUGUCUUGUGUGGAGUUACAAGGUUGGUGUAUGGAUGGUCAUGGGUGCCUUGCCUCCUCCUUGCAACACCACCACCACCACCACCACCACCACUGCUGCCAUCACCUAUGAGGGGGAGAGACUGUGAUGUGGCUGCGGGUGGCUAGGUUCGGAGGCCUCCAGAGAGCUGCCCAGAGUGAAGCUUGUGGUAUAGAGGGACAGCUGCUGAUCAUCAAGCUUACAUAGUGACUGGAGGAAAGUGGGAGGAGCCUGGAGGGAGUGAUGGAGGUACAGUACUUGGAGAAAAUCCCUUCACCAUGACAACUGGGUGUCUGCUGUACAGGCCACUAACCAAUGGAGAAACCUUGAGAACCCAUCUAUGUGGCCUCUGAAAAUGGUCAUGGUGAGAGAGCAGAGCAUUUCAGAAUACAAGCCAUUAUGUCACACCUGCAUCACUACCCACCACAUACUCCAGCAGCAGCAGCAACAGCAGCAGCAGCAGCAGCAGCAGCAGCAGCAGCAGCAGCAGCAGCAGACAGCUAAAUGCUGCACCACCCAUCAAGAGGAUGAAGACUGCAGCCACAUCAGAGAGGCUGGCUGUGAUUUUUAGUCUUCCUGCCCCAUGUUGAGGUUCCUGCUGAUAGCCAUUUGGUCCUCAGCUUGUUCAUCAGGCCUGACUCACACAUCUUCUGCAGACUGUGGGAAGAAUAAGGAUUUGUAGAGAAAGAAAGUCUGGUACGGAAGAUUGAAAAGAAAUAUUGUCAUUGUGGAAAAAGCUGAAGUGUAUUAUGCUUUUAUGUUGUGUAAUAAUGUAGUAGUAAAAUGCAGGCUGUAUGGAAUGAAGGCACAUCAGGAUUUUAUAAGAUUAAAUUUUACAGGGAAGAUUAAAAAGGAAUAUUGCA